GAGAAAUAUUCAUAAAAAAUAUAUCAAAUUGUUUCAACAAUGUUCCAAAAAUUAAUAAAGAUUUUUGGUUAUAUAUCUCUGUUAUUCCACUAAUUUAAUUUUCAUCCAUAACGCAGAAAAAAUUAAAAUCUUAUAAAGAGUAUAAAAUCCGCUAGGCACAAUUCCGCUAAACUUAGUAUAAAUAUGUGCGCAAAAUUUUUUUCAGCACCAAAAAUGUGCAACAAAAAAUGCAACAUAAAAAGUGACUUGUGAAAAUAUGCUACAACAGCAACAACAGCAGUUAACAAAACAUAAAUAAAUAAAAAUCAAACCUCCGCAAGAAAUUCUUCGACAACAGCUUCGUAUUAACUACGAGGGAUAAAACGAUUACAGCGUAUAAAAGCCAUAAUAACAACAUAGCCGAACAGCAACAACUACAGCAAAAGCAACGACAACACGGAAAUAGUAAUGAGUGUGAUUGUAAAGCGCCAAAAAACAGGCGAUACAGAGCAACAUAGAACAACAAAAACAACAACGAGAAACUCAUCGAUUCCACAGCAAUUUGUGGCAGACACAUUGUUGUUGUCGCUGGCUUGACGCUGCAGACAAGCUGUAUGCAUUCCCCAUUUUGGCAAAGUGUUAAAGGUGCAACAUGCCGAAAAGGGUUCAAAAAAAUCAAUGAAUGGACCAACAGUGUCAAUAAACAGGAGCAGAAGAACAAAGGCGCAUAAAUAUAACGAAAUAAUUAUACCAAAAACAAGGCAAGCAAAUCAGGAACAACAACAACGGCGAUGUAAAAAAGUACAAAGUAAAAACACAAACAAACACAAAAAGAGAAGAGUUUCAUAAUUUUACUUGCAACAAAAUAAAAAGAAAAUAAAAAUAAAAAAAUAAAAAUGAGGCUUUAAAGAAAACAACAACUAUAACAAAGACAGAAGCACACAAAAAGUCACGAAACAUAAGCAAAAACUGCAACAGUAAUUGCUGAUAUACUUGCAACACAACCAAAUUACUAUAGCAACAAGCAACAACAGCAAUAAAAAUCAGCAAUAACAACUUUUACAAGUACCUACACACACACACACCCUGAAAGCCCUAAUAGCGCAGGCACCAGCAACAUGGAGAACAUGUCAUCAUCAAUUGAACCGGUGCCGUUGGUACCGCGCACCGCCAAUUUGCUGGCGUGCAAACAAUGGUGGCGCGUCUGCUUCUUAUAUGGCGACCAGCAGAAGUACUAUCGUCAAGUAUACAGCAAAGCGGCAGCGCAACGACUGGCGCUCUCCACUGGCGGCACGCUAGCCACCGGCUUUCCACCAGACAACAGCAACGACAACGACAUCGAUAAUGACAACGAAAAUGAGACGCACAGUGGCAAGGACAGUGGCUGUAGCGGCAGCAUGCAGACCGCUGACUAUGAUACGGUGGCAGGCGAUUUUAUCGAAACGCAAUUAGACGACGCAGAUGCUAACGAAACAAUAACAACAACAGUAACAUCAAUUACAGCUACAACAUUGGCAGAUGAGAUCAACAGCACCGAUAUUGAUAAAACCCAUAAUCAGGAGUUGAACAAACUGACAGCGAAAAAGAAAAAGAAGCAGAAGGCCAAAGAAGGUGACGAGCAAGCGCCACCAGUGCCACUCUUUCCCUCUAAAUAUCAGAACACGAAUGUCACUGCAGUCGAGUCGCCGGCUACGAAUUCGUUGUUCAGCACAACAAGUCGCGGUAAAAAGUUGCUACGCUCGCUGCGUGUACACGUCGGCAAGGGUGGUGAGAAGUCGGCGAAGGCGCGGCAUAAAGCGGCGCUCAAUUCGGCCGACCCAAAAAGCGAGGCUACCAAAGGUAAUGCCAAAGUCACUGUGUUGGAUGACCCAUUCCUUUUCGGCAUUGAUGCAGAUCAUUUGGGUGAUUUGGUGCGCGGCAAGCAAUAUGCGCCCAACACCACCGAACAUAUUUCCCAAUAUUAUAAUACAUAUCUGGAACAAGAGCAGUUCACGCUGGAUGCGCAUAACGGCGCGCAUUUAGCUUUCAGCCAACAUCUGUCUACAGCCCCUUCGACACCUGUGCAAUACGGCUCUAUGACGCAUGAGCCAGAUGCGGAGCCAAAACCCGCUUUGCCACCUAAAAAGAAGAAGCAGAGUAAUUACGAGGCUUUGAGUGGUUUAGUAAGUGGUAGUCUUGUCGAUGGUGGCUCUUCUGAACUGCAACUAAAUGAGAGCGAUUUACAGUUUUUAAAUUUAAAUAUGCGCAAUCGCAGUUUGCCGCGCAGCAUGAAACCGUUCAAGGAUGUGCCGACUGAUAUUAGCUUCACGUUUACGGAGGGCGAUGCUGCUGUUGCAUCGCCACCACGUCCAGCGCCGUUGCAGAAGAGCGCCACCUGUGAGCGUGAUAUGAAUUUGGGCGCGCAUCUGAAAGGAGAGGAGUGUGAUGAGCCCAUCAGUCGCACGCCGCUUACACAGGUCUCUUACCUGCAAAAGAUACCGACACUACCGCGUCACUUUUCGCCCAGCGCAGCAGCCGCAGCGGCGGGAGGAAGUGGCGGUUUAGGCCUUGGGGCACCAGGUGCCACAUCAGCAUUGCUCUCCGGCAGCGUUCUACCCAGCAGCUCGUCGGCUAGCGCUUUAUAUAGUCCCAAUGCGACAGGUUUGCCAACAUCACCGCUGCCACUGCAGCGCCAAUUUCAUCACGCGCCACCACCGCAACAUGCGCAACAACAGCAACAGCUACAACAUCAACCGCCAUUGCCGCCACUACAUCAUCAUCAAUUGCAUCCACAACAAUAUUUGCCACCGCAUCACCAGCUGCCACCGCCGGCGCCGCCGCAUGCCGCUGCCUCAACGGUUGGUAUGCUAGCGCAUCAUGCACCACAACAGUAUUCGCCGGCGCAUUCAGCGCACUCUUCAUCGUCCAAAUACUCCAGCUCAUCGCUGAAGCACCAACAGCAGCAACAUCAACAACAACAACAGCAGCGUGGUAUCCCGCAACCACAACAACAUGCGCCACACCAGCUGUCGCCGGCGAUUUCAUCACCUUCACCGCCCUCACUGCUACACCAUCCAUCGUCGGCGCAUGCGCCCUUCGCGCUGGUCGGACACCAACAGCUCGACAUGCAGCGUCAUUCGCAUUCAGACGAUGAUAGCGGUUGUGCGCUGGAGGAGUACACUUGGGUGCCGCCCGGUCUGAGACCCGAUCAGGUACGCUUGUAUUUCUCACAAAUACCCGAUGAUAAAGUGCCAUAUGUGAAUAGUCCGGGUGAACAAUAUCGAGUGCGACAAUUGUUGCAUCAACUUCCGCCGCAUGAUAAUGAGGUUCGUUACUGUCACUCAUUGACGGAUGAGGAACGCAAGGAACUUCGCCUAUUCUCCACACAGCGCAAACGUGACGCUCUCGGACGUGGCAACGUCAGACAGCUGAUGAGUGCGCGCCCCUGCGAUGGUUGUGACGAAUUGAUUUCCACCGGCGACAUUGCUGUAUUUGCUACGCGCCUCGGUCCGAAUGCCUCGUGGCAUGCCGGUUGCUUCAUUUGCUGCAUAUGCCAUGAGCUGCUAGUCGAUCUCAUUUACUUUCAUCGCGAUGGCCGUCUCUAUUGUGGACGUCAUCAUGCGGAGACAUUGAAACCGCGCUGCUCUGCCUGUGAUGAGAUAAUCCUCGCCGAUGAAUGCACCGAGGCGGAAGGACGUGCCUGGCAUAUGAACCACUUUGCGUGUCAGGAGUGCGAGAAGCAGCUGGGCGGUCAACGUUAUAUAAUGCGAGAGGGCAAACCUUAUUGUCUGCUCUGCUUCGACGCGAUGUUCGCUGAGUACUGUGACUACUGUGGCGAGUCCAUCGGUGUGGAUCAGGGUCAAAUGAGUCACGACGGCCAGCACUGGCAUGCGACCGAUGAAUGUUUCUCUUGCAACACAUGUCGCUGUUCGCUUUUAGGACGCGCCUUCUUGCCGCGUCGUGGUUGUAUUUACUGUUCAAUUGCCUGCAGUAAAGGUGAACCGCCCACACCAUCGGAUAGUUCGGGUACUGGCAUGUACACCACACCGACACCGCCAACGCAACGUGUGCGUCCGCAGACGCGCAUACCCAGCAGUCAUGCAUCCAGUUCACCGCCAAUGUCACCAAUGCAACAACAGCAACACCAGCAGAGCUUCAAUCAAGCGAUGUAUCAAUUGCAGAGUCAACAGAUAGCGGCGGGUAUAAUUUGUGCGGGCACGGGUGGUGGUAUAACCGUCAGCGGUGUGGAUGAAGGCAGUGAUAGACCGCGUGAUAAUUCUGUGGCAGUCAGCGGUGCAGACGACGUGACGCUUAGGGAUCCAUCGAAACAGAGCUACCCAACUUCCGACUCUGACGGCGGCGUGGUCAAGGAUCUGGAACAUGCAAUUGGUAGUCACAGUGCUGGUGAUUUUACAGACUUUUCAGGCGGCGCACCAUCAACAUCCUCACAGAAUCUAUCACCGCUGCUCUCACCCGGCGAAUACACACAGUGUAUGCCGCAACCGAUGGAACUGAAAUCUGAGGCUGCUUACAACUUUAAUGAGAUGUCGCUCAACUUAGAUGCAGCUUGGCCUAGUAAGCCACCACACACCGGCUCACAUACAUAUAACUUACCGCGUCAUAUGCAACAUGUCUCGAAAAUGGAAAGCUCUAUGACCUCAAGUAUGCCCGAACUGACUGGACGACAGGCCACACAACCAACGCCGGCUGGCGCGCACACUACCUCACAACAAUUCGCACAAGACUAUGGUGAUCCGAUCGCUUCACCACUACCCUCCGACAUCGGUGAGCUACCAACACCGAAUUUGUCAGUGGCUUCGACCGCGCUCCCGCCCGAAUUGAUGGGCUCACCCACAGCCUCAGGCGGUGAACGCUCAAUUACCUCGCCGCAUUCUACGCAGUCCGGACAGCCACCAAUACAUCCUGUGUCCAUUCUCAGCGGCGCUUCAUCCUCAUCACCGAUGAGCGGCGCAACGGGUGAGGUUAAAAAGAAAGGUGUACGCUUCGAAGGUUUACCACCAGACCCACUGCCGCGUUCGCGCAGCUAUUCCGGCAACGGCGCGGGUACAGGUGGUGGCCGGGACCGUGAUCGUGACCGUGACCGUGACCGCGACCGCGACCGUGAUAGCAGCAGGAGUAAAGAUUGCUGCAGCGGUGAACGUUCUUCCGGCGGUAGCAGUCAUCACUCAUCGCGCCGCAGACGUCGUCGCAAAUCAUCAGGUCAUCGCAGCAACGGUUACCGCUCACAUUCCACAACGCGCGCCGACACCUACGUGACAACACAACCGCUCUCCUCCUCCUAUCAAGGACCACCAUCAGUGUUGCAACGCGCUUCUGCCACAAGCAACACAUCUGCAACACAGCCUGCCACGCAUUGUGGCGACGAUGAAUCUGAUGAUGCCUCGAGCGUUUGUUCCACUUGCUCGUCAUCUUCAUCCUCCUCCGAAGACUACAUGAUGUAUCAAUUGCCACAACGGCGACAUUAUGGCGGUGUGCGCGUCAGCUAUGUGCCCAACGAUGCGCUUGCCUAUGAUCGCAAACGAAAGCCGACGGAUAUGAAUGACAAGGACAAGAACUGUAUUAUUUCGUGAUGCGUUGUUGUAGCUUGUGAAGUUUAGUGGCAAGCGCGUGUACGCGGUUGCGCGGCAUCAGCAGCCAUUAAGAGUUGUCAGUCAGCGAAGUAAUGAAAAUGGGCGGCAGCGCCGCUGGCAAUCGAAGCCUACAAUAUUUAAACAAAAACAAAAAGUACAACAAAAUUUAAAUGUUUAACGUAAUUAAAAAGAGGCAACAAUUAUUAAAAAUUAAAAAUAUUAUGGCUUCCAGGCACACUAAAUCAAAGCGGCGGCGGGUAUCAAAGCGUUGGCAUUUACCAUCUGACAUAAUUAAUGAUUUAUAAAUUGAUGUAGGGAUGAGUUAAAUUGGUAGAGGAAACUAAAGUGUAAUUGAAAGAAAACAAAUUAAUUUGCGUUAUUUCUGAAGAAGUGAAGCAGAUUUAAUUUCGAAGCUUAUAUUACAAUAAAAAAAUGGAACAAAAUAGUUUUACAAAAUAGUAAACAAAAUGUUUUAAAAUGAAUAAAUUUAAAACGACUCAGCUAUUCUAGCUCUAUAGAAAAUAUAAAAUUAAAGUUCUAAAGUGACGAAAAAAAAUGUUAAUAUUAACUUUUUUAAUUCUGGCUGAAAACUGAAUUGACUCAGCUAUGUUAAAACUUUUUUUAUAUUUAUUGUUUUUAGUCUUUAUACAAAUUACUAUCACUUUUUAAUAUAAAUUUGACUUAAAAUUGUUUAACUUUUAUAAAUACUAAAUUUUCUAUAUUUUUUUUAGGUAAUCCUCUUUUUAUUUAUAUUGAAAUUUAAAUAAAAAUCCCCGAUUUUAGGGGGGCAGGGUUUGACACCCAAACCCCCCGUGUAUCCGCCACUGUUAAUAUGUUAUUGUCUUUACUAUCUUUAUGUUUUAUCUUUUAGGCUAUAUAUGUAUGUAAUACACUUUUCCACAGAAACCAAAUAUUUUAUGCUAUUAAUUAUAAAAAAAAAUAAAAAUAUUAAAUAUUUAUUUAUUACUAAGGCGAAAUAGCAAAAAAAAAUAUAAACUUUUUGUCCAAAACAAAAUAUAAUUGUUUCAAAAUUAAGGCCUGACGUAAUACCCGCCCCUGUGUAGUAUUUUUGAUUGAUAUAUAUGUAUGUAUAAACAUAUAUAUGUAUUUAUAUAAUACUCGUAUAUACAAUGUUCUAAGAUAAUUAAAAACAAAUAUUUCGAAAAAUUGUGUAAAAUUAAGAAUCAUCAUAUUUUUAAUAAAAAAAUAUAAAGUCAUUGCACAUAAUAUAUACCUAACCUCAAAGAUAAAAUUAUAAAAUGAGAUUUCCCCUUUUGCUAUAUCCAAUUGCAAUGCAAAAACAUGUACAAACAAGUCCAUUAUAUACGUGAAAAAAUAAUUAAAGCAAUAAAAAUUAAACUUAAUGAGUUACAAAAGCACUGAGAAACCUCAGCUGUAGCAAUUAAGUCUUUCAAUUAAAUUAUUAAAAUAAACAAAAAGUAAUUGUAAGUGGCAUAAGAGUAUUUAACUAUUUUUAGACUCUACACACAUUUUAAUGAAAAAAAUAGUAUUAUUUAAGCACACAUAACAUUUUAAAUACCUACCAUUACUAUUAUAAGUACUAGUAAUUUCCAGUAAUUAAAAGCAGUAGUCUUAAGCGAUAUUAUACAUUUACUAAUACUUUUACAAAAUACAUAUGUAUAUAAAAAGUUAAUAAAUAUUUAUUGACCUUAAAAUAUACAAACAAAUUAAAAAAUAUGCAUAUAGCAUAUAAUAAAUCCUAAU